CUUAGUGUACCUAUUAAAAAAUGGUUAUAUACUUGAUUACAAAAUGACAAAUACUUAUAAGACAAUGCCAUCUGUGGAUGAAUGGAAAAUGUAAUUUGUAAAUACUGAAUAAUACAUGUGGGCUAUUGUUUUGUAUUGAAAACCUCCUUUCCUUGAUAAUAUCAAUAUACUAGAAAAUUUAAACACUUCAGGAUUAAUACACAUCUAAAAAUUUCAAUGGAUACUGAUAUUCUAAUAAGUGAUAAAGACAAUCUUUACGACUUUGCCUUGGAUGACUUGAACAAUGACUGUCAUUGGUCUUCAUUAUUAAAUUCAGCAGAUGCAUCACCAAGUGAGAUACUUGCUGAUGCAGCACCCAGCCUUGUUUGCCCAAUAUCACCUAUGGCCAGCUUAAAAUCUUCUCCAAAUGAAAGCAGUAACUCAGAUUCUGGUAGUGAAGAUGAUACAAAAAAUUCCAGUUCUACAUCAGUUAGGGAUUCAUCUAAUUCUCCUAAUGAAUGGUUGUCAAAUGAUUCUGAAACUGUAUACCAGCUGAAACCAGAGGAUGUUGAAAAGUUUUUACAAAAAACAGAUAAUGUUGAUGUUGAAUGUACAAACAAUGCACCUAUGAUCAAGAAUAUCGAGCAGAAGGUACCAGUAAUGUCAAUAGAAAAUGGUGUGAUAAAGGUGAAUGGAAUUGGUAGUUAUGUUAAUCCAAAAACUUUAUGCUCACUUUCUACUAAAGUUAAAGGUACAAAUCAUGGAUCAUAUUUUAAUGUAAUAAAUGAACAUUUUAAUAAUGGAAGGAAAGAAGAAAGAGAACAGUCUUACCAAAAAGAAGUAUCCAUGAAAAGCCCAUGUAAUCCAAUAGUAAUUUUACCUAAUUGUACAUCCCAAGUCACAAAAAGCAAAAUUGCUGUUUUACCACAAAAGUUACACUAUGAGGGCUCAAAUGGUUUUCAGAUAAAGUCUCCUCCUAGAAGUCAUAUUAUGUUAAGUCCAAAUUCUCUCCAAGUGGAAUCAGCUUCAGAAUGCAAUUCAACAAGUCCUAUCUUAGAAAUUCCUCAAUUAAGUGAAGUGGACAUUAAAGCAAUGAAGAAACAGCAGCGUAUGAUAAAAAAUCGAGAGUCAGCCUGCCAAUCGCGUCAGAAAAAGAAAGAAUAUGUUACAGCAUUAGAACAACAGUUAUUAGAGGCGCAUCAGGAAAUAGGAAAGUUACGACUAGAAAACAAAAUACUUAGAAAUCAAUUGGAAUCGAAUGGCAGGAUUCGAAAGAUACCAAGGCUAGACUCGUCAUUGUUAAUACCGAAAAAGAACAUUGCUGUUAUUUUCGCUAUGGUGUUCAUGGUCUCUUUAAACUUUAAUAUGUUAGGAUGGAAUUCCAAGCCGUUUGUUGGACCAACACAUUCGCAUGUUGGUAAUCGACAUUUAUUAUGGGCGGAAGAUAAUAAGGAUGUGUCUUUAGAUUACGAACACUUAAACCGCAGUACUGAUGGUAUUGACUGUCAGAAUAGUACAAUGUUUGAGAAUAUUAAUCAGACUGAAAGCAUACGAAUCGUAGGAGACUUAAAACGUUGGAUCCGUGGCGGGAAGACCUUAAAUUGGACCUCGGCUCCCAAAAAGCGUAGAUAUGUCAAUGAAGAACAAAUUAAUGGAGGCCUGUUAGGAGCAUACAACCUAUUUAAUAAAGUGAACUUGGAUGACUUUGUCGAAUUUCCCACUAAAAGCAGCAAAAAUAUUCGCGACAAGACGCGCAUACGCCGUUUGCGGAGAUCAACGGAGAAAGAUAUCGAAUUCGAUGGAUUGUAUUAUGAAAGACUGUAUAAUAGACAUAUAAGGAAGAAUAAUGAAUUUAACGACUUUGGUGAAUGGAGUGAUUUGCUUCAAGCCUUGCAGCGUCGUGAUGAUACGUUUUACGUAGUUGGUGUUGGUAAAGGAGAACACUUGUUGUUGCCAGCGGUGUCUCAUAAUGUCACUAGGCCACCGAAGAUGGCGCUUAUAUUGCCGGCACGGGGUGCUAAUGAUUCCGUAUUAAGCGAUCACGUAACAUUGAUGCAAAUUGAUUGCUCAGUUGUCAAUACAACUCUUGUUAAACUGAAGUCUGAAUCAUUACCGAAAAGCCUACGGAAAUCAAAAAAUAAUGCAACAAAUACAUUCUAUGAAAAACCUAAGGCGAAUAUACCAAAACCUGAAACUGUACAAAAAUUCAAUAAUUCUAGUCACAUAGAGAAAGGUUUAAAGGAUUCCUUUGCACAGUUUAUAAGUAAAGCAACGGGAAAUAAUUCGGAAUCUAUAGUUGAUUCUUUGCCACAAAUUGCUGUUAAUAGUACAUUGUAAGAUAUUUUUUAUAAAUUAUUUAAAAGGCCCUUUUGGUAAGAUACAGACUCAUAACGGAGUAUAGCUUCGUGUAUCAAAAUACGCAAUCAAAAUUUUCGUUUUCUAAGAUUUAUGUUUUAAUAGACAAAGUUGUCGAAAUUUAUAUUUAUAUAUUUCUUGAACCGAAUAACGAUUAGUAUCACGAUAUAGAGAUAACGACACGUCUUUAUCUCGCAGUAGUUCUCUCACUCGUGAUUCAAAACCUUAUACUAUUAAAUUAAGGUGCAUUUUACAAUGCACAAAUAUCAUAUAUAAGAAUUUAAGUAAGGUCCUCACAGAGUAAUGAAAUGCGAUUUGUUAUAUACUAAUUAGUAAAAUAACAUCACACAAUUUCGCAAUUUUUCGAAAGGUAUUUGAAAUAUUUUAAAACUAGCAAUAUUUAGGAGUAACCAGACUGCUGUUACUAAAACAAGAUCUCAAAAAAUAUUUUACACUUUUGUAUUUUUUAAUGGAGGUGAGAUGUUAAAAUAAUAAUAACAAUUUAUUUAUUUUUCUCCCAUAUAACAUUUACAACAAUAAAUAAUAUAAUGUAUACUCAUGAUUACAGAAUUAUGUAUCUUUUUAUAUAUUAUAACAAUUGGUGGUUUUAAUUUUAAAUGUUAUUUUAGAUUCUUUUAUUGAGUAAUAUUAUAAUUCCUGUUAUGGCUGUUCUUCUAAUUUUAAGUUUAAUGUGUUAAUAAUUAGAGAUUUAAAUCACAGGACGCGCAAAUUCGAUUAUUAGUAUAUUAUACUUAUAGGAUGCCGUAAGGUUUAAUAUUAUAUACCUUAUCGCACCUUAUAAGUGCAUAAUCGAUCGCUCUAUGUAAUAAAAUUCAAACGCACGUUGUGCAUACAUACAAUUCAUAAAGAAAUUGUCCAAGAAGUAGUAAAUCCAUAAAGUAUAUUUCUUGUAUUUUUUUGAUCAAGUUCUUUCUGUAAACAUAUUUUAUAGAUUUACAUACCUAUACAUGAGAACCCAGCAUAAAACGCAAUUCUUCAUCUUCAAUUCUUAUAUUAUGGGAUGACAACUUAGAAUUAGUUAUGAGUCACUUAUCCUAGGAUGAAUACAAAUCUAACUACAUACUUAAAAAAAUGCAUUUUGUUCAUUAGACUUAACCUCUUAAUAUAUUACAGCAAUGUUAUUUUUUGACCAUUAUGUAGCUUUCCUGAACUAAUAAAAUUUGUCAGUUGUGUUAA